AUGUACAAAGUAUUGGGAUCCAUGUCUGAUGUCAGGCGAUACGGUAUUAAAGGAGGUACCCUAAAACGAUACAGGAUCCAUUAUUCUCAAUUUGCGCCAAGUUCAAGGAAGCUGGCACGACAGUCGCUGCGGGUGUCCCCCUUGAUUAAAUCCCGGGAUGAACAAUUUGUGUGCCAUCCAACACCUCGCAGUGGAGCCUGGAUAGCCCUUGAGCUUACAACAAGAUACAUAGGUAUGGAGGCCAUAAUGUCGGAGUUUUUCAACGAUACAACAACAGCAUUCUACAUCAUCUUGAUUGUAUGGAUAGCUGAUCAGUAUGACGCUAUAUGUUGUCACACAGCUAUAGCGAAGAGACACUGGUUGAGUUGUAACAAGUUAACCAAAACCCCAGAGUGUGUCACCGCGACUGUUAAGUGCGGCCGCGUGAAGAUCCUCUCUCAGCAUAAAUCUAGUCGACCGCCAAUUAAGCUACGCCCCGACAGAUGUGCCAAAUUGAAGGCUCCAGCGUCACGGCUGGGGGAGGCUGAUUUAUGCUCUGCACCCAGCAACCUUCGAUUAGAGCUUUAUACACUCGGAGGAGAUGAAAACGAAGUUAGUUUCGUCGUCUGGAAGGCUUCCUCGGGUCUUAGUUUGGGAGAGCAAACAAUAACACGAGGCGGCCCCGGGCUGUGUUCCUUGUCUGAUGUUUGUGUUAUGCGUUUAGGAGCUACCGCGGUUUUGUUCAUCCACUACGGGCAUCAGCAUCCGGUCUUUGGAUCAAUGUGUUAA